AUAAUGUCACCCUGCAGAUUGAUGGUGUGCUCUAUCUGCGGGUUAUGGACCCCUACAAGGCCAGCUAUGGGGUGGAAGAUCCUGAGUAUGCAGUGACCCAGCUGGCCCAGACCACCAUGAGAUCUGAACUUGGCAAACUCUCCCUCGACAGAGUCUUCCGGGAGCGGGAGUCCCUCAAUGCCAACAUUGUGGAUGCCAUCAACCAGGCUUCAGACUGCUGGGGCAUCCGGUGCCUGCGCUACGAGAUCAAGGACAUCCAUGUACCCCCGCGCGUGAAGGAGUCCAUGCAGAUGCAGGUGGAGGCAGAGCGACGGAAGCGGGCGACGGUGCUGGAGUCGGAGGGGACGCGGGAAUCGGCUAUCAACGUGGCUGAGGGGCAGAAGCAGGCCCAGAUCCUGGCAUCGGAAGCUGAGAAGGCCGAACAAAUCAACAAAGCUGCUGGAGAAGCCAACGCCAUGCUGGUCAAGGCCAGGGCCAAGGCGGAGGCCAUCCAGCUCCUGGCAGCUGCUCUGGCACAGCAGGGACCCGACCCCCCCCCUGCCCCCAUGCAGCGCAUCAAGGGCCUCACCACCGGCUCGCUGCCCACCUUCAUCGACGUGGGCAGCAACUUUGCCACCUACGCCAUCCAGGAGGACAACCUGCUGGCACAGAUGGUGCAGAAUGGAAGGAGAGUGGUCUUCAUGGGUGAUGACACUUGGGAAGGACUCUUCCCGAAGAAGUUUUUCCGCUCGUAUUUCUUCCCUUCUUUUAACGUGAAGGAUCUUCACACUGUGGACAAUGGGAUCCUGCAGCAUCUCUAUCCAACUGUGGACAGUGGUGAAUGGGACCUGCUGAUUGCUCACUUCCUCGGCGUGGACCACUGUGGGCACAAACAUGGACCUGACCAUCCCGAAAUGGCUAAGAAGCUCACCCAGAUGAAUGAGAUGCUCAGGUCCUUGGUGGAUCACCUGGGGAAUGACACCCUUCUUCUGGUGGCUGGGGACCAUGGCAUGACAGAGACCGGAGACCAUGGCGGCGACAGCGAGAAGGAAGUGAAUGCAGCACUGUUUGUGUACAGCAAAACACCCCUAUUUGGCACUGGCCCUCCAGAGGAGCCUGAGGCUGUUCCCCAGGUGAACCUGGUGCCCACUGUGGCCCUGCUGCUCGGUGUGCCCAUCCCCUACAGUAACAUCGGGGAGGUGAUGGCUGAGCUGUUCUCCGGGGACGGCGAUGCUGUGUCUGCAGCCUUGCAGCAGCUCUCGGUCUAUCACAUCAAUGCCAAGCAGGUGGACCGCUUCCUGCACUCCUACUCGCUGGUGGCUCAGGACCUGCCAGCAGAGCAGCUCCAGCACCUGCAGGAGCUUUUCUCCAGCGCCGUGGAGGAGCACACUCAGCUCUUGGCCCAGGUGCAGGGAGCGACGCUGGUGCCUCCGGAGCUGGAGUCCAGGCUGGGAAGCCUCAUCGGCCGCUUCCAGCUCUACCUGCGGGAGGCGCGGGCUGUGUGCACCCAGUCCUGGGCCCGCUUCCAUCCCCUGCGUAUGGUGGGGGGCUGCACCCUCAUCGCUACUUCCUGCCUGCUCUGCUACGUGGCCUCAGAGCUGGCCGCAGCAUCGGACUCUUUCUAUCGCAGCUGCCUCCUGUACCCACUGCUUUGGGGCUUGGUGGUGGCUGUUCUGCUUGGGCUGGCCCGUGCGUUCACGCAGGAGGGGCUGGAUCUCCUCCUGGUGUUGUCGUCGGCAGCCGCAGCUUCGCAGCUGGGUUUUUUCUGGCACUGGUGGGGCCGGCAUCCCAAGCGAGCCCGUUUGGCGGGCAGUCCACCACCCUUGGCCAGCAUUGGCCUGAGGCAGAGGCUGCGAGCAUGGCUGGGGCUGGCCUUCCCCAUGGGCAUCCUCCUCUUCCGCUGCGGAGCUAUGUUCUCCGAUAGCUUUGUGGUGGCCGAGGCCCGGGUGGCCCCGUUCCUGCUGGCCUCGCUGGUGAUGUUGCUAGUGGGGAAGCUCCACUGGGACGGUCGCCUGACUGUGCCAGAAGGCCCCAAGCAGCAGCUCCUUGGCUUUUCUUCUUACCGGAGGGAGAUCUGGUACCUGCUGUGCUUCGUGGCCAUGCUUCUGGUCUGCGUUCGCCUCUCCGGUUUCUUCCACCAGUGCCGCGAAGAAAUCCCUCAGUGCCGGCCCUCUCUUUUCCUCUCCCCCCUUGCCAGCCUGAGAAACACACGGGCCAAGAACCUCUUCUACCUCCUGUGCGUGGCCUUGCUGGCCGGGCUGGUCUAUGCAGUGCGGAGCUGGCUGCGACACUACGGCAACCUGAACAGCUCGGACCCCCUCGUGCUCUUUGUGCGCUGGGGUUUCCCGCUGGUGGUCCUCUGCAUUGCCUGCUACUGGGCCGUUGCCUCCAGCACUGACGACUCUCUCGGCAAGCUGCAGGAGCUGGUGCAGGUGGCGGUUGUUGCCUUUCCAUGGGCCGUCUACGGACUAGCAUCCGUGGGGCUGCUGCUCCUGCUGUGCAAUCCCAUGACGGUGCUCGCCAAGGACACGCGGGAGUCGGCAGGAUCCAUCGUCACUCCCUACCUGGGGGUUCCCAGCUCUGAAGUCGACUUCCUGCACGUCAUCCCUCAGAUCUACAAGAGGAUGCAGGAGUCUCAGAAGAGCCGCCUGGAGCGGGGAAGCUGCAAGGCCACCAUCGCAGCAUACGGGCUGGGCAGCGUGUACUCGGCAGCUCUGGUCAUAGCACUCACCCUGCUGGGCUUCCUCUUGAUGCUUCUGCACAGCGAGCGGCUGAGUCUCGCCUUUCUUCUCCUCUUCCUGGAGGCCUUCAUGCUGCUGCACAUCCACACGCGUGCCAGAGGCCUUGCUGGAGACGCUGAGCCUUUUUCAGUGCCCUGGUACGCAGUCAUCUCCUGGCUCCUUGCUGCUUCCCAGUUCUUCUAUUCCACGGGCCACCAGCCCAUCUUCCCGGCCAUCCACUGGAACGCAGCCUUUGUCGGCUUCCACCUUGACCACGGCACGAACCUUCUGCCUGCUGUUCUGGUGGGCGCCAACACCUUUGCCUCCCAUAUCCUCUUUGCAGUCGGCUGCCCUCUGCUCCUGCUUUGGCCCUUUGUGUGCGAGAUGCCCAGCUCGCAUAGGAAGAAGCCCAAGAAGGAGCCCCGGGAGGAGCUGCCGGAGGUGGAGGAGCACAUGAUGGAGAUGAGGCUGCGGGAGUCCCCGGAGAAGUUCUCCACUGCUCUGCUGCAGCUGGGGCUGAAGUACCUCUUUGUCCUUGGGACACAGCUUCUGGCCUGUGUUUGUGCAGCUAUGAUCCUCAGGAGGCACCUCAUGGUCUGGAAGGUCUUUGCCCCAAAGUUCCUCUUUGAGUCACUGGGCUUUGUGGUGAGCAGCAUCUGCCUCCUACUGGGGAUCUCCCUGGUGAUGCGUGUGGACUGUGCCGUCAGCACCUGGUUCAGCCAGCUUCAGCUCAGGUAA